CAUUCUGUUGGUUGAGCCGUCUUCUUAAAGUCCUCAAUUAAUUACGGCACACCAUACCAAGCGGAUUAACUCAUUCUUAAAGCAUUACGUGCUGCAUAGUUUCAUACAAAGAGGGCAAAAUAGCAAAUUUCCAAGACUUAUUUUGAGCAAAAUUCCCAAUAAAAUUAAUCAUUAAAAGCAACCUUGACCUGAGAUUGGCAUUUGGAAAUGAAGUUACGUGUCACCGUCAAUAAAUCGUAUCGUCAAGGUCGCUGGGGUUUCAUAACUUCAAUAUGUCCAGUGUUAAUAAAGGCAAGAAAAGGCCUUCCCACACACCCAUCUCACUUUUCCUUGCUGGGAUUAUUCCUAUUGAAUCUCCUAGUGUCGACAUUAGCGUCAGCUCUGGAAAUCUCACCCAAUUCUAACAUCUCCAAUCCAGGACAUGACGCGCUGGAGGCAUCAGGCGGACUUUUGCAAUCGAAUUUGUCAAGUAAUAUAGCUGCUGCUGGUGGAGUAGUCUUGUUGGGAAAUAAGUCUUCCAGUAAUUACUACAAUAUUGAGAAAGAGUCUGACAGAACAGGAAAUCGCGGAAUGAGAUCUGACAAAGAAAAGGAGAGAUUGGCCUUGCUGAAAAAAAUUCAGCUCUCAGACCAACAUAAUUGUUUCAGUAAAAUACUUUGCGGUUUAUCGGUGGACUCAUCGCAAAAUUCGAAAGACAUUGAUUCCCACUUUGUCCGAAGCUAUAUUGAACUCAUGCGAUCAGCAAAUCCGAAUGAUGACAGCAGUGAAGAAACUCGAACCUCACUUUCCAAUUCGAAUCAUAAUGAUGCUAUUUCCGAGUUUCUCAUGAGAUCCGGGCUUCUCGUGAAACCCAAAAAACGGCAGUCUCAUUCUGCCUCAUCUUCCGAAGAAGAAGGGUCUUCCAACGAGCCCUUGAAAACUCCAAAGAAAAAUGAAUCUCUAAAAAGUCUUUUGACCAAGAGAAGGCUGUCCACCAGUAGAAAUGAUGAUGAUGACUUGACGGAUAAGGAUGAGAAAAAUCCCUUCCGGUUGCUCCCAGUGCUUCAUUUAGCUGGAGAUGGGGCUGAUUUGAGGGACUCUGUGGAAAAUAAUGAUAAUCGUCCGUCGUCCGUGACGUCUAAAAUUGGUUCACUAGUGUCCGCUUGGGUCCCUUGGGUCAGUUUAUCGUUCGGGAGAGACUCCUCCUUUGAAAGCGAUCCAUUUUUUAAAGGAAAUGCAUCAAAGCUGACCAAGAAAAAUGAAGAACGAUGGCAGAAAGAUUUGGAUAAGUUGGCCAUGCUCAUGAGAGCUGAGACAAGGAAGACAAGAAAUAAAAACAAGUCAAAAUCGAAAAGGCAGCGUCAAAGGCAAGAACAGGGCAGAAAUUUUGUAGGCAUACCAGAUAUGGAUGAUGAAAUUAAAGUGUACUCAACUGCUGUGGAUAUCGGAAAGAAGUUAAAGAGUACCAAACAGUGUGACUACUUAUAUAAUGGUUGUGGGGUCAAAUAUGCUGACAUAAUUCAAAUAAUUUCCACAAUCAGAAAAGACUUAAAACAAAGCGAUGAAACGGUAGAGUCCUUGUCCAAAGAAAUUUUAGAAUAUUCUAAGCGUAAGAAAGUCACAAAACAUCAACCAACAAGUCGACCUAAGCGACCUACACAAGUUCAGAACCAAAAACAGAUGCAAAAGCCCAUGACGCAAAUAAGCCAUACACUUCCCAAUGGAGAAAAGGUGGAAAUCAACGUCCAACUUUCGUCCAAAAAUGAAGAUGGAAUCGAGAUCGAAUCCCCUCAUGGAGACUCGUUUGUUUCUGAUGAGGAGUCAGAAAACAUAUCCGUUGACAUCUCUCAGCAAAAGCCUACAAUUCCUGAAGAAGAAUUUGACGAGAAUGACCCGGCCAUUUCCGCAUCCUAUGAGCUAGCUGCAGAAAAGUUACAAGGGGAUCGUCCCGAUCACCGAAAACCAACCCCACUCCACAUUUUCAAUAAACUUAGCCUGCGUAAAAAAUCUACCACAGUAAGACCCACAAAAAUAACUUCCACUCCCAAGUAUGCCGUGUCGGCCAAAAAAAGAAGACCAACUGCGACAACAGAUGCAGUCAGCACGAAAAGACCGAGACCAACCACCACCAAGUUACCAAUUAGAAGUCCUCCAACAUGGCCCACGUCAAAGAAACCCUCCGCCGUUAACACUAAACGACCUACAAAGCGACCCUCGAAAGCAGCGAGUCGUCGUCCAUCAGGACAACAGACAUUAAAGAAAUCCUCAUCUUUUCCCACCACGACAAUGAAACCCAAACCUUCGAAGCCUACAAGGAAGACACAAAGUAAUGUGGAUGAUGAUACCGAAGACACUAAACCUGCAAUGAUUACUAAAACAUAUUCGAAAAUUACAUUCGUGAAAGGAUCUGCGGGCGAAGGUUUUAAUAAGAAUAAAAAAAGCCACAGGAGAAACACUACUACAACUACCCAACGUCCCGUCCUUAAUUAUGAUGAUGACGACAUAGAUUUUCCGAGUAGUCCUCAGUCGGGAAAAAUCACGAUUGAAAUUGACAAGUCUUCCACUCAGGAGGAAGUUGACAGUGAAAGUGAACCGAAAGAAGCAGUUAUUAAUGGGCUUUCUACAACGACCAAAAGGCCCAAACUCACCACAACCACGACAUCCACACCCCCUCCUCUGGCAAUGUUCACAAAUUCGUACAUGGAUGAUGUAAUUGCAGAAAUGAGUAAAACGGUGCGACCAAAAAUCAAAAAAACCACCACAACUCCAACACUACCACCUAAAAGACGUCGCAAACCCAUCAUUUACAACUCUCACAAUCAUCAACACAAUUCGAAUGGUCACUUUUUGUCGCCACCGAAAAAUAACCCGUCCACCCCAGAAAACUCGUAUUACGUAUCAAGCGUGGAAUCUGGGUCUGGAGAAGCACAUGUAUUUGGCAUGCCACAACUGGGAGAAGGAGGAAGCCAAUGGACGCCCUAUGAACAAGAAAAAGAAAAAGCUCAACCAGAUCUAGACGACCCUGCAACUAAACAAGAUCAGCAGCCAAAUACGGACGACGUUGAAAUUGAACCACCGAAAAAACGUAUCGUUUACAAAAACCCCAAAAGACCGUAUUUGAUUCUCAUGAAGCCUGGAGAUGACCCAAAGAAAAAACGUCCAACUCCAACAUCCACUCCAGAACAGGAUAAUAAUCCAAACUCGGACAUAAGUGAAGCACUUCCUUUGGUUAUUGAACCUGGUUCUUCUGAUUAUUCCCAUUGGACACCAGAAUACUAAUCAUUUUAAUAUGAAAUUGUUCCUUUUACCGUUAUCGUGCUUUCACCAUGUGCUUGUAAGUAGGAAAUAUAUGUUUAUAUAACAAUAUUUAUGUAUCAGUUACACAUUUUUUACUAGAUUUGUGUGUAGAAAACUAAAAGUAAAAUGUACCACAUAUUUUUAUUGAUACAACAAAUAUUAAACUAUGACAGAGAACACA